AUGAAUUUUGGUGUUUCUUCCAUCGUUCAAAGAUCAGUGCUAAGUUGUGUUCUUUGAUAAUUCAAAAGCUUCUCAUGAUAAAACCUUGUUUACUUUACAGAUUGCACGUGCUUUGGCAGUUUUUAGUAUAGAUGAAGUUGUCAUCUUUGAUGAGUCUGGAAAGACCCAGAGUAACUCUAAUGGUGGUCUGAAGAGACACUCAGAUCCUAAUGUCUUGCUGGCAAGAAUACUUCAAUAUCUGGAGUGUCCACAAUAUCUCAGAAAGAAUUUUUUCCCAAAACAUGCUGAUCUUCAAUAUGCUGGUAUGUAAUCAGUGAUUUGCAUCUUGAAGAGAGUUUUUGCAAAAAUGCUGCUUGGAACCACUAGUAAAUCACUGCCUUCCUAAACCUACUGAAAUAAAGAAUGUAUGUGUUGCAGGUCAAAUUUGAUUUCUGGUUAAUUUUGAUUUAACCUAGGUUGAUUCUCAAUUUCCUUUGUUUCAUAGCCAUAAUUCAUGAAUAAUUAGAAUCAAUCUGGGUUAAAAAAAAUUAAAAAUUUCCCACGAUCUGACUGAUCUUAGUGAGUGAAUUAGUUUGACUUUGGAGCCACACUGGCACAACAUCUGAUUCAGACAGCACACGGUGUGUCAAGCCUAAGUUAAGUUCAACAAAAGUUCGCAGACUCUGUCGAACUUAAUUAAUGCUGUUGCUGCACCAAACUAAAACUGCCGUACCAAAUUGAUUCAGACUCUGCUCUUUUGCGCAUACUUAAUUCAUCAGUUAGCUUCAGCACAUGAGUGGAGGGGCGUGUGAUGCGGGCCUUAUUAGAUCAUAAUUCCUGAUCCCAAUCAACCCAAAGGAAUGUAUCCUUGCUUUUGUUUUUUUCAUUGAAAUAAGAAAAGAACAAGUCAGUCCACAAAGACUUGUGUGUCUUACAGUUCCUUCUAAACAUGUUUAGUGUCCAAUAUACCAUAAUAAUAAGAAAUUAUGACAUUAUUAUUUUUUUUGCCAGGUUUGUUAAAUCCUUUAGACACUCCCCAUCAUAUGAAAGUUGACGAUGAUGUUCCAUACAGGGAAGGGGUGGUGCUGGACAGACCUGCUAAGUCAGGAUGUGGUUCAUUUGUAAACGUGGGUAUGAGGAAGGAAGUGAGAAUUGACAAAAGCAUUAAACCAGGGGUUCGAGUCACUGUCAAGAUGGGUGACACUUCAAAUCCAGGUAUCAUCCAAUAACAACUUAAUAUAAUUAUUUAAGCCAACUGAUUAACUAUUGUUGUUAGAAGAUGUGGUGAUCACUGGUAUUCCAGAGGGCACCGGUGUAUGAACCAUUGUUAUUCAACUUCAAACAUAUUGAUCUUAGAUGUCAGCUUUGUUCAUUGCAAACAGCUCCAAGGAUUGAAUGCUAAGUUAGUUUAUGCAUUCCAGCAUUUAUAGACUUAAUUCUUAACGUCCAUUUUAGAUUAGUCUCUUGUAACAAAGUCUGCAGCAUUUAUUUCUCCUCUUUUUGAAAUAGACUUCACAGAAAGAAAGCUUAGAUUGUAAGCAUUGCAACUCAAGUUGCAAUUCCUAUCGAGCUACAAUCUUGGACAAAACGGCCAAGUAUAAUCCAUGGACGUUUCAUGUCUAGUUUCAAGAUAAAGCUCUUGAAAGCACUGGCUAUUACAAAUACUCCCCUCUUCCCCCCUUCAAAAAAAAAACACAAUACUGAAAUCCUGCGGGAUCAUUUCUGACCUCGAAGUCCAACUAGAUCAUUUCUGAUCUCGACCAAACAAUGUUGAUCAGGGUGGGUUGAGGGGAGGGGUCAUAGUGGUACCAAAUCUACAGGAUAGGAUUUCUGUGGCUAAGAAAGUGCAAAAUUCCUAACAUUUUUUGUCAAAGAUUGUAGCGCCAACAAUAUCUCUGGAAUUUUUUAGAAAAGCAUUUCAGGAACUGUAGGAACCCUUAGACAUCAGAAUUUUUUUUAAAUAGUUCUGUUUGAUGUAACAGGGGCAAAAUUCUACUGUGGAACAGUGGUGUCUCCUAAUGCUCCAAGAACAGAACAGGGUUUAUACUGGGGCUACAAUGUCAGACUGGCUCCAUCUUUUGGAGCAGUGUUUACACAGUGUCCAUUUAAAGACGGCUACGAUGUUACAAUAGGAACCUCAGAAAGGGGUUCCUCAGUGGAUCAACUACAACUGACGGACUUCAGGUACAGUAGAAAACAUAAAACCUCUUAGGACUGAGUGACAAAAUCGCGUUAGUCCGAUUUGUUUAAUCACGAGUAAGUAUGAUUACAGACCGAAUUGGAGGACAUGAAGUUCUGUUACCAAUUAAUCAUAACUAUGACAUGACAUUUAGGGCUUUUUUGAAUAAAAACACAAGAAAUUCUAAGAGGUUUUUUUGCUGGCAGUGAAAAAAAAUGCACGAAUGUGAUGGGGCGUACUGUCCAAUUGCUUAGGCAUGACACGUACUGUCCUAUUACACUGUCCAAUUAGUGCUGAAAUCAGGACAGUUGAUAGUCAAUCAGAUUUGAGAAUAUUGUUAUAGUUAUGAUUCACUUUAUUACAUACUUACUUCCCUGAUUGAUUGAUUGAUUCUUGAUUAACAUACAAAAACUUGAUGUUUCUUGGAUUUGAUAUAUGCCUAAAGAUUUUAGUAAGGAUUAUGGUGAGAACUCUGUUAGCAGAUUCACAAAAAGUCUUUGAAGCCAUUCAAUCAACUUGCUUUUGGAAAUAAAGCAUAUGAGUGGCUUACGGUAACUAAACCCUUAAUUUUGCACAUUUUUGAAAUUCUUAACUGAGGUAAAGUUAGGAAUAGGGCAACGGUGAUUGCAGCAUUUUUUUUUCUUAUUUACCUAGACAUUUACUGGUGGUAUUUGGCGGUCUCAAAGGACUUGAAGCCAGCCUGGAAUCUGACGAAAAACUAACGGAAAACGAUCCAUCAUUUGUGUUUGAUCAUUACAUAAACACGUGCCCCGGUCAAGGCAGUGGAACAAUAAGGACCGAAGAAGCAAUUCUUGUUACCAUGUCUGCACUGAGACCGGUUAUUACGAAAGCAACACGGUGGAAAUCUGGGAUUUGAUCUGAAUUGCGAUCAACUGGGAAAAGUUUGGAUGUACGAGUGCCACUUUUUUUAUUCACGCCCCAGCUCUCGAGUCUUUAACGGUAUCAGGUUGUUUCGCCCAAAAGUCGAUUCGUCAAAUGGCGGUUCGCCCAGACUUGACUCGAUUCGCCCGAAGUGCUUUUUUCGUUCUUUUUCGUCUGUUCACGUUCUCGUUCCCUGGGCUUUUUCCUGAAAAAGUGGGAGUGGAAAGUCCCUGGAAACGUUCACCGAGAUGUAAAGUGUUUUAUGUCAUCGGCUGAAUCGUAGUUUAACUAUGGGCGAAUCGACCUAAGUCAGGGUAGAACGACCGCAAUUCGAACAAACACUUAAUACGAGCCUUUGUCUUCUUUACUCUUCCUCCAGCUACGAUCGUUCACGCAAGUCGUACAAUCGUGCAAUUGAAACGGUCCCAAUUGGACUGGAAACGGUUGGUUGGUUGCCUUGGCAUAAAAUAGGCCUUUCACAAAAUGUGCUUGGAGUCAUAACUUUUGGGCGUGGCCAAGAAGGUAGUCAACUCGUACAAAGGCUGUGACUCUGUGUCAAAUAAAGCCAGAGCUACGCCCGGAGUGGUCCCCUUUGGUGAUUAAAUUCUUUAUUUCCUACUUGCAUCACUAUCCCCUUAUGUUCAUGAGAACCCAAAUCCUCUUUUAAUCUCCACUGAGUUUUAUUGUCGGAUGCAUCGCCCUCUAAAGACCGAU